AUGAUCCCCAAAGCAGCCCUCGUCAUCCUCAUAGCCGUGGUAUCCGUCGCCAGCAUAACAUUCAUGAUCGCAAUAUACCAUGGCAUCACCAGCCACCUACGAUCCCGCAGACGACGGCGGGAAAUGGUUGGACAAUCGAACGAAUCGACUCUACCUUUAACAGCGGCAGCAGCAGCAGCAGAAACAGAGAAGGGAACAGUCUCAGCUUCAAACAUACCAACAGCAUCGAUGGAUAUCCCCGAGCGCUCACCCACUCCAGAAGCAGAAUUCCCACCUCCUCUACCGGGUGAAGCGCUGCUAGAAACCCACCCGGCUCUAUCCCACGAACCAGAUCAACCGAAACAAGAGGAAGAAGAAGAUGUCGCAGAAGCAGAAUAUCCUCCACCCCUCCCCGAAGAUCUGAAAGGUAUUGUUGUUAUAGGGGCUCUUGAAAAACCACAGAUCCAUCCUCUGCCAAGUCGACCUUGUCCUCCUCGAGCAGCAAGAGAAAGGGAAAAGGAAAGAGGGAGGGAAAGAAAUAGCAUGCAUGAGAUCAUCGAUCUAUAUACCAGCGAGGGGCGGAAUCGAAAUCAACAUCUGCCUCCAGGACCGAAAUCAGCGCCUGCCAGAAUCACGACGUUUGCGCAGGCGGGGUCGAAAUGGGCUUAUUUUGGAGCGAAGCGGGCUGAGUUUCAUAUUGUAUGA